UUGACAUAAAUUCGCUCACUAGUACCACGACAAAGAUCAGAAUUGGACUUCACUGAAAACAAAUGUUCCAGAAAUUUUGGAUACUUUUGGCCUUCGUGGGUCCGGCCUUGACCCAUUCCGACGACUACUACGACAGCAACCGGAGAUCCCGGGGUUACAAUGAGCGAUGCUACCAGCAUGAACAGUUCCCCGAACCGAGUGAAUGCUGCACCCGUCCCCUGUGGAUUAACCAAUAUCUGGUGAGGCCGUGUCGGUUCAGCAAUGUCCAACGCGAUGGAUAUAGGCAGGAACAUGAGGCUUGCAGCGUCAGCUGUGGAGUCUACCGAAUCAACAUGGAGAUGCUGAACAACCAGGUGAACAGCGUGCGUAUCUUUCGCCCGGCCAGGUUGAGGGCCUACGGGGACGAAGAUUGGAAGCGAACGGUUGCUGCGGCGCUAAAGCUGUGCAAGAAGAGGAUCACUUCGAUGGUUGGAAGUCGCGCCAGGGAGGGCCGUGAAGCGGAACUGUGCGAAGAGGCGAACGACGUUUUUGCCGACUGCUUGGAUGGGCAGUUGUUCUUGCAAUGUCCAGCACGAGUGUUCAUUAGGACUGAGGGUUGUGAACUUGCCAAAAGCCACUUGUUGGAUGGAUGUCCCUACAGGUCGCUGACGGAUACUACGGAAAGGCAUAGAAACGAUUGGUACGACCGGAACCAGUGGAACGGUGCCUCGAACGGAGGAUAUGAUCAGAGAAAUGGAGAUCAGUAUGACGAUGAGUACGAGGACGUGAACAGUGGACACCAGACCAGGAAUGGGGGAGGAUAUAAUAAUCAGAAUCAAAAUGGUUACGAUAGACACAACAACGAUAGAAAUAGAAACAAUGGUCAAUGGUAGUUA